CCCGCAGCACGAACCCGAUCCGUCUCACGACGGGGGGAAAGUCUUGCGCUCACACGAUCAGUCACGAGUAUCAGCCUUGUGCUCCUUCAUCCUACAACCCUCUCUCCUCUCCUCUCCUCUCCUCUCCUCUCCUCUCCUCUCCCAGCAUCUCACAUCCGCAACAAAAGCUGCGCAGCCCGCCAUGUCGAUCCCGGCACCAGACCGCGAUGAAGUCACAGAGACGUUAGAGGAAGGACCUUCGCGCUAUGCAGCCUACGCUAUGCGUCUUAGAACCCUGAUCACCUCCACCUCUCGUUACGUCGCCUACACGUCCGACAUUGGCGAAGCGUUCAGACCUUUGACAUCACCCGCCUUCGUCAGGGCGUGCUACGGCAUCAGCUGGGCUUACUUGGUGGGAGACGUCGGCUAUGCUGGCUACAAGGCGCAUCAGCAACACGAGCACGACACGGCUGGCAUAGCUACAAAGGUGGAGGAUAAGGCAAAGGAGGCUGUGAAUGUAGGAACGGACAAGCUCAAACAGAUCGUCGGUGACUCUGGUCAAAGAGUAGAGCUGAGGAGGAGUCACGAUGGAAGCCUGGAGAAACACGCUGCUGGGCACAGCGAUUUCAGCCACGUUGGACUGGUAAUGGCGAGGAGGGCCGUGUUUCAGAGCAUUGCGAGUAUGGCACUUCCGGCUUUCACAAUCCACAGCGUCGUGCGAUACUCGGCUCCCAUCUUUGCUCGGAGCGCAUCCAAGAGGGUCAGAGGUGCGGGGCCUACCAUCGCCGGUCUUGCCUUCGUUCCAGCCUUGGUCAGUCUGGUCGAACUUGAGCGAAACACUCUCGCGACACAACACAGAUGCUGAACUCGUCUUGCACCGCCGCAGCCUUUCGUUUUCGAUCACCCAGUCGGUGCGUAGUGUCGAGUGCUGGGCGUUACGCAGCGCUGAAUGGUUCGCAGGCUUGACGCUGAUGAAUCUCUCCGAUCUCUUCAGAAAGAGUCGUCGACCGGGUGUUUGACGUGAUCGAGGAGCAGUUCAUUGCGAGAGGAUCAAAGGAUACUCCGACCACAGAUGCAGCCAAAGAGGCGGUUGAACAGCUCAAGGCCAAGGUGCAGCAGAC